CUUGGUGCACAUUGUAAACAAUCAAGACCAAAACAAGGGCCCUGCAGCAUUGCUAUACUGAGCCAUUUUUUUUAGCACACUAAGCACAGUAGACAUUAGCAACCUUGUCGUUUAUCCAAAAUGGGUGACAAAAGACGUCCCAGGCGUAUUUUUGUCAACGAUGUCGACAAAUAUUCCUCCAAACACAUCGCCGAGUAUUUAUCGACUUGCGGCGAAAUGGUUGAAGAAGAGGAUGACGGCGAGCCCCAGUCAGCUGAACCUGCCUUCCAGGUGGUCGGCACCGUGUCCUCUUCGUACACCUGUGAGAAAGCAACCUUUUUGCUUGAGCAGUAUUUGUCGCUAAGCAGAGAGGAGCUCAUCCCGCGCCUGCUGGAUUGCGACGUGGUGGUGUACAACAUCUCAGAAAAUGCAACACAAGAUGACAUUGAAGAGGCAAUUUGGGCUAUCACAGCCCUUCAUGGUGAAAUGGAGAACUUCAAGUCAAAGAAAACGUUCAUUUUAGUCUCGACGGUGAUGACAUGGGCAAUGACCAAACCCCAGGAAACGGAGGAAGCAGAAACGUUUGUAACGGAGGAGGAGUUCAGAAAAAGACGCCCUCAUCCCAACUUUAAACACCACAACAAUAUGGAGAAACAAGUGCUCAAACUUGGAACAGGAAAAAAAAAUAAACUGAAAGGUUAUGUUUUGGCUGCGGGCAUGCAGUACGGAAAGGGAGAGAAUCUCUUCCACUACUUUUUCAAGGUGUCUUGGCUGUCCGAGUGUUCAAAAGUUCCCAUAUUUGGAGAGGGCACAAAUUACAUCCCCACCAUCCACGUGCUUGACCUUGCUCAAAUAAUUCAAAAUUUGAUUGAUGUCAAACCCAAGUCCAAAUAUAUUCUUGCCAUUGAUGACUCAAAGAACAAACUGCUGGACAUAGUAAAGUCCAUAAGUCAUGUGCUUGGGCCAGGAAGAGUAUGCCAAGUACCCGAGAAGGAAGCCAUCGCUAUGAAGGCCUAUAAGCAAGAGGAGCUGGAGUAUCUCGGCAUUGACCUUCGCCUGGAUGCUUUUAUCGUGAAAGACUCCUUUAGCUUCACCUGGUUAGCAGAAGGUGGCAUGAUUGAGAAUAUCGAGGGCCUCGUGGAAGAAUACAGACACACAAGAAAACUUCUCCCAAUCAGAAUCUGCCUCACUGGACCACCAGCUGUGGGUAAAAGCAAAGUCGCAGAGAAGCUGUGCGAGCAUUACCGGAUACAUCACAUCAACAUCCGAGAGGUCAUCGACGAAAAGAUGGCUCAGCUGAAAGAUACCGUGACCAGAAGUGACGGAGAGGUCAGUGAACAGGAAGUGGCACAGGAUCAACUGGAAACCAUAAAAGCAAGCAUGGACAAUAAUGCAGGUCGACUGGCGGACGAUCUACUUUUAGAAAUUUUGACAGAAAAGCUAAAUUCAAAGCCUUGUAGAAACCAAGGAUUUGUUUUCUAUGGUUUCCCAAGGACAUUUGAGCAAGCAAGUCAGAUGUUCAGUGCUGAGGAUGGAGACAACCAAGACUCGCCCAACGGGUCACCCUCAUACAACAAGAUCACUCCAGAAUAUGUGUUUGCCCUGGAUGCAUCCGAUGAGUUCCUGACUAAGAAAGUACAAGAUCUUCCUCAGAGUGAAGCCCAGAAAAGAGGCUUAACCCAGGAUGAGUUUGUUCCUCGACUGGCCAGAUUCCGACAACUCAGCAGGGCCGGAGAAACGUCCCUGGACUACUUUGAUGAACUGGAAAUAUACCCGGCAUAUCUUGAGGUGAAAGCCGACGACCCCGACUUCACACAGAUCGUGAGCAACAUUAUCGAGGUGGUGGGCGCUCCCAAGAACUACGGCCUCAGUCCCGAGGAGCAGGAGGAGGAGGACAGGAGGCGAGAAAUAGAGAGGAAGCAGAAACUGGCUGAAGAAGCGGCGGAGAGGAAACGCAGGAAAGAGGCCUCGCUCGCUGAGAUGGCAGCGCAGUAUGAAGCAUGGCAAAAUAACUUGGCAGAGGUGAAGAGGCAGGAGCACGAGCUUCUGGAAGCUAAAGCUCUCCCGCUAAGGAACUACUUGAUGAAGUACGUGAUGCCUGCACUCACUGAAGCCUUGCAAGAAUGUUCCAAGAUCAAACCUAACGACCCAGUCAGCUUUUUGGCAGAGUAUCUUCUUCGGAUGGACAAAGAUUGAGUCAACAUCCCAUCUUACAAGGUUGUUUCAACAUUUGAAAAUUAUUUGUUUGUUUGUUUGUUUUUGUUUGUUUUUCCACUGCACUAAUCACAGACAAGGCAGGUGAAAAUCAUUUGGAAUAAAAAUUUAAAUUACUGUUACUUUACUGAACUGCCUUGAACUCACUUGCUUUAAUCUUAAAGCAUGAACAAUUAAGAGUUUUCAUUUAAACUAAGAAGCAUGAUUUUUUUUUUUUUAAUGUGGGAAGAAGCCACAGAGGACCCACAGAAAACCCACACAAGGAAGGCCUGAGCUGAGAUUUGAACCCACAACGUUGUGCUUUAUACAAACAUCCAUCAUGUAUUGCUAGUAAUAAUAACAAGGGUGCAGGCACGUGCACAGAUAGACCCCAAGUGGUGCUCAAGCACUUGCCCUUUUGCACAGGGCGAAAAAAAUGUUCCUUUUGCUGCAGGCCAUUUAUACAGGAAAAUCUGUCACCCACCCCCACACUGUCUGAUGGGGAAAGAUAGCAGCACCGUGGUUGACCUUUUUGGGGGGCUUGAGUACCUGCCCUCUAAAGUCUCUGUGCACAUGGCUGCAAGGCUGUAUAAAAGGUCAAAUGCAUCGGAAAACCCUGUUAUUCAAUAUAUUUGUAAUAUGGUCCAAAACAAAAGCUGUAUUAAAUAUUCUGUCUCUUCAAAGAUAAUAAUUUUCAAUGUUGAUACUUGUUUAUAGUUCUACUGUAGUCAUGAAGUAUAUAUUUUCAUUUUGUA